AUGUUCUCCGUUCGUGUCGCCCGCGCCGGCCUCCGUGCCACCGCCCAGCAGUUCUCCGUUCCUCGCACUGCCGCCGUCAACGGUCUGAGGACCUAUGCCACCCCGGCCCAGGAUGUCAAGCCUCCUGUCUCCCUGUUCGGUGUUGACGGCACCUAUGCCACCGCUCUGUACACUGCCUCUGCCAAGUCCGCCAACCUCGACCAGACCUCCAAGGCUCUCGCCAGCCUCGGUCAGACCCUCAAGGCCGACCGCAAGCUGAUCACCAUCCUCUCCGCCCCUACCCUCACUGUCGCCGACAAGCAGCAGAUUGUCCAGGAGCUGCAGAAGGUUGCUGGUGCCGACAAGGGCGACAUCCUCAAGAACUUCCUCAACACUCUGGCUGAGAACAACCGUCUCGGUCUCCUCGAGGGUAUCUGCGAGAAGUUCUCCACUCUCAUGGGUGCUCACCGUGGUGAGAUCGAGCUGAACAUCACCAGUGCUCAGGAGCUCGACACCAAGACUGUCAACCGUCUCGAGAAGGCUGUUUCCAAGUCUGAGUUCAGCCAGGGCAAGAAGCUCAAGGUUGUCACCAAGGUCGACCCCGAGCUCGUCGGUGGCCUGGUCGUUGAGAUCGGUGACCGCACCAUUGACCUCAGCGUCUCCUCCAAGAUUGCCAAGCUCAACAAGGCCCUCACCGACGCUUUGUAA